CUUUUGGGUUGAUGCCAUCAAGAAUGCGAAGGUGGCUAUGCCUAGCGGCGGUAGCUCUGAUAGCUAUUCAUGUAAACGCACACGCCUCGAUGCCAAAACACAAUAGGAGAAGAGAUGCAUGUACGGAAGACUAUCAGCAGUCGAACGUGGCCUUGAACCUCAUUCAAGUGAGUUCGUCGGACGUCGUGUUGCCACGCAUCUUGUGUUUUGUCAACACCAUCUCGCCCAACCACGCAACCAAGGCCCAAGCCAUCAAAGACACGUGGGGCAAACGAUGCGACAAGCUGGUUUUCUUGAGCAACGUUACCGACAACACCUUGGGGGCAGUGGCGAUCGCCGACGUCCCGUCUGACCACAGCCACUUGUGGCAAAAGCAUAAGGCGAGCAUGCAGUACAUAUGGAAUUUGUACCGGCACGACUUUGACUGGUUUUACAAGGCUGACGACGACGCAUACGUGAUCAUGGAGAAUCUACGGGCGUAUUUGCGUAGUCCAGAGAUUGUCAUGCAGCAGGAUGUGGUGCCCCUUCAAUUGGGCCAUCGAUUUCGACUUACAGACAACCUGACCGAGUACUACGUCCGGGACAAACACUUGCUGGAAGAGUACCAACAACGUUGGCCCCAUUGGUGGGUGUUCAAUUCAGGUGGCCCUGGAGUUGUUAUGAACAGCUUGUUCAUGCGUUUGGCAGUGCAGUCGUUUCCUUUGUGGACGUGCUUAAGCGACGAGUACAGCCAAACGUUGCCUGACGAUGCUGCGAUUGCGUUUUGUAUGGCGUGGCACCGCGUGUUUCCACCGAGUACGAGGGACUUGAGUGGUCGAGAGCGAUGGCAUGCUAAUCACCCGCGUAAGACAUGCCUGUAAAAAACAAAUCUGCACGACACGAGUGGCCAUUAUUGUAGAUGGAGUGUACUUUACAGAUCCGUCCGAAUACCCAGACGACAUGUGGUUCAACAUGUACCACCAAGGUAUCGGAGGCAUCCAGUGGAAAGAAAAUUGCUGUGCGCCAGACAGCAUUGCGUUUCACUACGUCGGCCCAGACUACAUGCGGCACAUUGAACGCCAAUUGUACGAUUGCCGAAAGGACGAGUUCAAGGGCGCCGUCGACAGCGUCCGUGGUGUUUACCACUUUGCAGAUGAUAUUGUAUUUAGUUGAUACACGUCGAGUGAAGUAUCAUAUUGCAAACGAAAAUCCGUAAACGUAUCGGAAGCAAAUGUAAUCCUUCGACUCGCAGUGGAA